UGGUUUUCUGUUUUUUUGCUGUAAUUGCGUCUAUAAAAAUCUCAUUUCGAAGGGAAAACUUAUAGUUCAUCGCAUUUUAAGUACAAUGGGUGAAGAAGACGAAUAUGCUUGUGUAAAUAAAGCAAAGCUCAAGUUAAAGGAUGACUCUGGUGUAAAGAAGAAGAAGAAAAAGAAGUCGAAGAAAGAGACUGAGAAAGUGAUUCAUGCUGAAGUAAAACAGCAAGUCCAACAAGUCAACGAGGAUAAGAGAACUAAGGCAGAGAUAGCUUUUCAAAAAAUGCAGGAUAAAAUGAAAAAGCAAAGGAUCCUACAGAAGGCCGAGAUGACACACAAACAGAGAGUGGAGAAGUUCAACCAGCACCUCGAUAGCCUCACUGAACACUUUGAUAUUCCCAAAGUUUCAUGGACUAAAUAAGCCUAUAAGUUACAUUACCUUUUCUCUUGUAAAACCAUGUUCAUUUGUAAUAAAGUAUUUUUAAGCUACAAA